UCUAAUCCCCCUAAAUUAACAGACAAAACAGUCAUUGGAUGCAGUGGUUUUCAUGGAGACUGUCUUACCCUGACAAAGAUUAUUGAAGCAAGAUUAAAGAUGUAUAAACAUUCCAAUAAUAAGGCCAUGACUACAGGGGCAAUCGCUGCAAUGCUGUCUACAAUUCUUUAUUCAAGACGCUUCUUUCCAUACUACGUUUACAAUAUCAUCGGAGGUCUAGAUGAAGAAGGGAAGGGAGCUGUCUACAGCUUUGAUCCUGUGGGGUCCUACCAGAGAGAUUCCUUCAAGGCGGGGGGCUCAGCAAGUGCCAUGCUGCAGCCUCUGCUGGACAACCAGGUUGGUUUUAAGAACAUGCAAAACGUGGAGCAUGUCCCACUCUCCUUGGACAGAGCCAUGAGGCUGGUGAAAGACGUCUUCCAUCAUUUCAAUAAAAGAAAAAACAUAUGA